UCUGUCUAAAGAUGAAGAUUUUACUGAUACCAAUUUUAGUUUUGGCUGUUUUCUGCAUAAGGAGGUCUUCAUCGCAAGCUGUAAAAGUCCCUUCAUUUGAGUCGCCGUACGAGGAAUACGCUGCACUCGUUUUCAUAUUUGCUAAUGAUCGGGUUUGUGCUGGGUCGGUUAUAACCAAAAAAAACAUUCUCACAGCUGCCCAAUGCGUGGUGAAUCCAGAUGUACCAAAUAAUGUUCCUGUGACUUUUAACAACAUUUCAAUGUACUACGGGAGUCCGAAUGCCGAUACGACAUCAUUACUCAAUGUAGACAUCGCUAAAAUUGUGAUCCACGAAAAAUACAACCAAAAAGUUAAAUUCUCCUAUGAUAUUGCCAUUAUUGUUUUAAGUCAAGAGAUCACUUUGACUCCUAAAGUUAUCACGGAUGCUUUCUAUGCAACAGUCAAACCGAAAGAUGGAACAGAUGUGUAUGCAGUUGGAAUCCAGCAGAAAAGAGAUUUUGUCGAGUUGACAACUAAAGUGAACUUCAACUCAGAGUGUCAGGCAACCACGAAGGCAGCAAGACAAGGAAGCCCAAGUUAUACUGCAAUCACUUGCGCGAAAUCAGGACGAAACGCGAAUGUUGUGUGCAACGAGGACUAUGUGGGUGGCGCAAUAUUUUCGACUACUAGAAAAACAAUUAUUGCAUUAAUUUUAGGGACUACAACCACUGGCUGUACUCCUGAUCCAACACUUUAUAUGCUCCUCAUACCCGAUAAGGCUACGUGGAUUAGAAAUAAUAUAGUGCUGUAGAGUUUUGAAGAGAGCUGUCAUAAGAAAAAACUUAUUUUACAGUUUCAUUUUUUUAACUCUAUGAGGUAGAGUAUUUCAAAAAUUAAAAAGUACAACAAAAGUAUUUGAUUUCAACAAUUUAAUAAAAAUUACUUUUUUAUGUAAUUCUGUCUUAAAAUAUUAUUGUUUCAUCAACAAAUAAAUUAUUUUAAU